UCGCCCAAGGUCCAUGCUGAAGGCUGCUGCUUCUCCUGGCCCUGACCUCGCACUCAGGUUGCUGCCAGCUUGCUGCUCCGGGGUGGCCGUCCCUGCUAUCCCCUCGAGGUCCCCCUCCAAAGCAGGGGCAGCCCACCGCCGUCCAAAAGUCAUACUGUUGGUCCUGGACGGAACCGUCCUGCCUGGGGGUGGAGGCCCCUAUGGCCGCUGAGGCGUCUCCCGCCCCUCCUUGCCCAUGGGUGUGUGCUGGGGUCGGCAGGUACAGCACGCCGCCGCCGGCCACCCCUCCUCGUGGGCCAAGACCUCCAGCUGGUCGCCGGCCCAACAGUAUCCCCCGUGCGUCCCAGCUGCAGGCUCGAGCCCCGGAACAGCGGGCCCACCUGCCUCACUACUGCGCCGGGGCCAUGUUCGUGCAGCAGCUGCUGAGCCGCGGCUACGGCUUCCAUGAGCGCGCCUUCGGAGGGGUGACCUUCCAGAAGAAGGCCGGGGACACCGCAGUGGGCUGGGCGCUUGGCUACAUGCUGAACCUGACCAACCUGAUCCCCGCCGAGCCGCCGGCGCUGCGCAAGGGCACAGACUUCGGGGCCUGGGUCGUCCUGGUCCUGCUCUCCGCCGUCCUGCUACUGGCCGCGACCGUCCUGCUGCUGUGCCGGGCGCGCGCGGCCAAGGCGUCCAGCGCCAUCUAGGGGCGGGCUGGGGGCGGCGGCCCUCCGGACCCCGGCCCUCCCCUGCACCCCAUCCUUCCCCCAGCGCCGCCCAGACCCAGACAGAGGACGCUGGCGCACUCGCCCACAGGGAACGGGGUCCAGACCCUGUCUGUCCGCUCCGGCACCCUCCAGCCUGCAGGGUCCCCUGGGCCUCCUCUCCCUGGGGGUGGGGGAUUCAGACACCCCGCAGCCCUCAGCCGGUGACCCCGGGGCUGGGUGUGCAGGGAGUGGAGUUAGAGCGCUCAGAGCACCCCCCCAAAGUCUGAAUCUGUAUGAGAGAGAGGGUCAGAGCCCACGGGCUGGGAACGCAGCACCUACUUGUGAAAAUUUUGUAAUAAAAACUUCUUUCCAGAGUCCUGCAGAGGACGUACAUAGGGUGGGGCCUCCUUGCCGCUGCCCGCCCUCUUCCCCACAGCUGUGCUGGCCAGGAAGACCCGCUACUAGUCCCAAGGGUGGCCCCAGGCUCUUCCUGCUUUCUUCCUUCGUGGGUGCAGGCACAGAGCCGUGGAAACCCUGCUCCCCGGCUCCACAGCUGCGCCGGGAGCAGCCAGGGGCCACCCGCCAAGAGAAAGUCCCCGAGUCCCUUGGGUCUCAUCCAGCCAGCAAGGCCCCCAUAGCUCCUCCAGGUCUGUGAGGACGGGCCCUGGCCUGGGACUGGCUUGGGGUGAGGGUGG